UCAUACCGGACUGACGCUGAACUACAUGUACAGUCAUAGCGGGGUGACUGCUGAACUACAUGUACAGACAUAGCGGGGUGACUGCUGAACUACAUGUACAGACAUAGCGGGGUGACUGCUGAGAUACAGGUGAGAUCAUACUGGACUGACUGCUGAACUACAUGUACAGACAUAGCGGGGUGACUGCUGAACUACAUGUACAGACAUAGCGGGGUGACUGCUGAGAUACAGGAAAAAUGGCGCCUGGGAAGCGACUCCUGAACCUGGAGACCAUGAACCAGGCAGUCCUCCAUGUGAGGGUCCCAGUUCAGGGGUCAGUGUCAGCCCGAGCGGUGGAGAUGCAGAAGGAGAUCAAUCAGGGGAUUAUCAAGCCAUUCCGGAGCAUCACAAAGUGCCAUUAUGCGGACCCGCAGGCCAUGGGGCAUAAACCACGCACCUUCCUGAGACAGGUGGUCGCUCUGUGUACAUACCCGGACCUGCUGGACACUGAUCACUUUGCAGAGGACGCUAAGCAUCGGGCACGGGAGAUCUUGAAGAAGUUGGAUAAUGGAUCAGUGGGCAGCUACAAUCCAAAUUUCAUCGGUCGGGUUAUGCCCCCCAAGAUCGCCAAGUUCAUCGAACAGAGAGACGGCGGAGUCCCCAGUGACCCCCGGCAUAUUAUAGUGACCGGGGGGACAUCGAAGGCCGUUCUGAACGUGUUGGCACUGGUGGUGAAUGAAGAGGAGCCGCUGAAGACGGGCAUUGUGGUCCCCGUGCCGCACUAUCCGCUCUAUUCAGACGCCAUUGCGCUGUUUGGUGCCACAAAGGUGGAGUAUGUCCUGGACGAGGAGCACGGAUGGGCGGUGAAUGUGGACCGUAUUCGGGAAUCUCUCAGAACGGCCCGGAAACACUGCAACCCAAAAGUCCUGUGUGUCCUCAACCCCGGGAAUCCCACCGGACAUGUACUGAGCAGAGACAACAUCGAGGAGAUCAUUAGAUUGGCUGCUGAAGAGAAUCUGCUGCUUUUUGCUGAUGAGGUAUAUCAGGAGAACGUCUUCGCCCCAGGAUCUGUUUUUCAUUCCCUAAAGAAAGUUCUGUUUGAAAUGGGGCCGGAGUAUUCCGAUCGGGUUCAGCUGGUGUCCAUCUACUCCAUCUCCAAGGGGAUCAGCGGAGAGUGCGGCCUCCGGUCUGGCUACAUUGAGUUUGUUAACGUGGAGCAAGCCGUGUUUAGGCACUUCGAUAUCCUGAAAUCUUUUGACAUUCCCUCCAUCAUUGCUGUGCUGGCCCUGGAGGUUCUGGUGGACCCCCCACAGCCUGGAGACCCCUCGUAUGAGACUUUCCAAGCGGAGGCACAGAAUCGGCUAAGCUCUCAGCUGGAAAAGGCCCGACUGGCAGAGGAAAUGCUAAACCGGGACCCAGGAAUCCGCUGCAGCCCCAUACAGGGGGCCCUCUACGCGUUUCCCUGUAUCCAGAUCCCGGAGAGAGCCAUCAGCCUGGCACAGGAACAGGGACAGGCGCCCGAUGUAUUCUUCUGCCACCUUCUCCUGGAGGAGACCGGCAUCUUGGUGGACGGGACCAGCUUUGGCCAAGAGAAAGGGACUUCCCACUUUAGGAUCUCUCUGCUCCACCCUCUGGAGGAACUAAAAUCCAUCCUGGAAAAGAUCGUAGAAUUCCACAAAAAAUUUCACCGGGAAUAUUCCUGAGCCGAUCUUCCUGAAUCCUCAUCACAUAGAAAGUCCCAGUAUUAAUAGUCAUGUAGCUGGAUUCAGAUACAAUAGUGUAUCUAUCGGCGGGCGUAACGUACCUCAGAUAAGUU